UUAAACACCGGAAGUUAAAUUGGCACAGUGUGUUCACGCGCCUGUAAAGAAGCGCAGUGUGUAAUGUAUAAAAUGCAUAAACAUUUAUGAUGUAACGUUAGGUGUCUUUCUUUCAAUUGCGAACAUGUCUUGAAUAAUGUUGAUAAGCGUUUCGAUUGAAUUACUUUACGGGAACGGCUUUGGUCGGGUGGCAUGCGUAGUUGGAGGUGGUACCUCUCCAGGGUCAUGCGUCUCUUCUUACGCUGGUUUAAGCUGUGCCCACAAAAAGGACGCAGGAAGCGGCAAAGCAGAAUACGAGACUUGUGGAACUAUGGGAAAAUUAUACUCAAGUCCCUGUACUAUAACAUCCUGACAAACUCUGAUACGGCGCUCGACUGUGCCUUUGAGCCCAUCUACUGGCUUGUGGAUAACCUGACCCGUUGGUUUGGAGUGGUGUUUGUUUUUUUGGUGAUUUCCUUGACCAGCUCUGUUGUGAUUAUUGUCUAUCUCUGCGUGCUUCCCGUCAUCUUGAGCACAUACGCCACACACUGGAUACUAUGGCAUCUCUGUUACGGGCACUGGAACCUCAUUAUGGUGGUCUUUCAUUAUUACAAAGCCAUAACAACGCUUCCGGGGGCCCCUCCGCAGGAAAGGAACGAUAUUCCAGCUGUUACUAUCUGUAAAAAAUGUAUAAUUCCCAAACCAGCUAGAACGCAUCAUUGCAGCAUCUGCAACAGAUGUAUUUUAAAAAUGGAUCAUCACUGUCCGUGGUUAAAUAAUUGUGUGGGUCAUUUCAAUCACCGAUACUUCUUCAGUUUCUGCCUGUACAUGACCAUGGGCUGCAUCUACUGCAGUGUCACUACCAAAGACAUGUUUCUAGAUGCAUACAAUGCCGUUGAGAACUAUUAUCAGACACCUGCACCUGCGUACACGCAUCAGGAGGGCAUGGUUUAUAAGAGCCUCAUUUAUCUGUGGGUGCUAACAAGUUCGGUGGCUUUUGCUCUGGGAGGUUUGACAUUAUGGCAUGCAGUGCUGAUCACAAGAGGAGAGACCAGUGUGGAGAGACAUAUCAACCGUAAAGAGAGAAAACGACUCCGACUGAAAGGCAAAUGGUUUCGUAAUCCAUACCACCAUGGAAAAAUUAACAAUUGGAAAAUGCUUUUUGCAGUUGAAAAGCCAAGUCACUGGCUAACACGAGUGCUGCUGCCCUCCACUCAUCUUCCUCAUGGGGACGGACUGACGUGGGACCCUCCUCCAUACAAAAAACACACCGUGGCUAUAUGAUGUCAUGGACAUAAAACCUGUUUCCUCACCAGCCAUGGAUCUGUUGGAUCUUGUUUAUUUGCAUUCUCACCAUGAACCUUUAUGACUGAGGGGUCUCCUGGUUAAAUGGACUACUGCAUUUUUUUAUGAUUGUGUAAUGUAAACUAAAAUGUGCAUGAGAUAUUUUUCAGUAUGUCCAUAGUGGUACUUUGUGCCAAAGACUGUUGUGGAUUUUAGUGAUAAACACUAUUUAUAUUCAUAUUUCAAUGAUCACACUAGUUAUUUGAAAUCUUUGAAUUGUGUUCUUUAUAAAACUGGUUUUAAAGUAUUUGAAUGUCUGUAAACAGGUGGAACAGGCAUUUGCAGAUCUUUUCUGAUUAACACAUUUAACAUGAUUCAAUUCAAGUUUAUUUGUACAUCACUUUUCACAGUGUGCACUGUUGCAAAGCAGCUUUACAAAUGGCACAAUAUACAUAAAACAGACAAACAACACAUUCAGAAUAAACGUAAGAGUUCAUAGCUGACGUUGCCUGACAUCCUUGCGUAGGCCAAUGUCAUCUUCCGACCGGCGUUGGGUCUUCUGACGUCUUUGUGGAAAGUUGGAUAAAGACUGAAAUUGGCUUGAUUUUAACCCCUUAGCUGUCACCACCCCCUUUUUGUGGGGGAAGUGGUGGGGGUGAAAAGGUGAUGUGCACUUUCAAAUUAAUAUAUUGAUGAACUAUGAGGAAAUAUUUGGGCACAUCUGUGGUUAGGCAUUAAACUAUUUCUGCAGUGUUACAGAGAUGCUUGGCACACAUGUAUAAACAGAGGCACUAGUGAAAAUGCUUACAUUCUUCCUCAUCAAUUAUGUGUGACCCUGGCCCCCCGAAACCAGUCAUAAGGGUCAAUAAAAAAAAGAGAGAGAUUUAUGCAUCAUCUAAAAGUUGAAUAAAUUGGAUAAGCUUUCCAUUGAUGUAGUUUGUUAGGAUAUGACAAUACAGUAUUUGGCCGAGAUAAAACUAUUUGAAAAUCUGGAAUCUGAGAGUGUAAAAAUCAAAUAUUGAUAAAGUCACCUUUAAAGUUGUCCAAAACACUGCAUCCAAUCACAAAAAUUAAAGUUUUGAUACAUUUAUGGUAGGAUAUUUACAUAAUAUCUUCAUGGAACAUGAUCUUUACUUAAUAUCCUAAUGAUGUUUGGCAUAAAAGAAAAAAAUAUAAUUUUGAAUUAAUGUAAACCAGUCAUAAGUGUAAAUUUUUUUUAAAAUUGAGAUGUAUGCAUCAUCUGAAGGUUGAAUGCAUCAUAUAAGCUAUUGCUACAAAUAGACUGGUUUUGUGGUCCAGGUCACAAAUUAUCUUAACAAUUGGAGGAAAUUAAAUCUCUCAAAAUAGAAACACUUGCUUUAAUAACAGCAUGCAUCAAGUUGUGUAAAAAAAGAAAAUGAAUGGUCAGUGUUAUCUCAUGAUGAUUUGAGAAUGUUCAAAAGGGCAUCUUAUGUUGCUCUUAUUUUUAUCUUUCAUGUGAAGCUGCUUUGACAAUAUUGUUAAAAGCACCAUUAAGUACAUUUGAAUGAUGAGAAUCUAUUAUGAAGUCGAUUAUUUCAAAAAUGUGCUUUUUACAUUUUUAUAAAUCAUAUUUACUUUCUGGGUUUAAAUAUGAAAAGCUCAGAUGUUCAGUGUAGCUUCAGUCACAAAUUACCUAAAUGUUUGUCAUUUACAAUAAUAAGAUUCACAUUAAGGCUACUAAGACAGUGACUGUUCCAAUAUAAAACAGCAAUAAAUCAUACAGGCACAAUAAUUUGUCAUUACCAAAUUUGUAUCUGUACUUUUUAACAUGUUUAAAUUAAAUCCACUUUCUUUUCA